AUGUUUACAGAAUGGUUUACAGAAUGGUUUACAGAAUGGUUUAAGAAUGGUUUACAGAAUGUUAACAGAACUGAUGUUGCAAAAUCUUUCUUCACUGAUAAGAUUGCACGUAAUUUAUUUCCUGAACCAAUCGGGCAAUCUUGCGGAACAGUUCAG